AUGCCCAAGUCCAACAGUCGGCGUCUCGACAAGGACGAGAAGAAUGUCCUGCUCCACCUCUUACAGGCGCCCAAGCUGACCAACUGCGACAUUGCCCGCAUCCUCAAGGUCGACGAACGGACCAUCAGCCGUCGACGGAAACAGCUCAGGACUCUCGGCCACCUGAGCCCUGAGAGGAACGUCAAGGGCGCCGAGAAGCUUCAUGACUGGCAGCUCGAGAGAGUCAUCUCCCUUCUUGACGAGAACCCUGACCUGCAACUAAAGGACAUCAAGGACUUUUUGCAGACCGAGUACGACCUCAACGUCACCGUAUCCACGAUAAGCCGCCAGCUGUCAAGGGCAAACCACGCCCGGGCCAGGAGGCCAGGCUACAAGGGCAAACGACCCGACCUGCAGCCUCCGGAGCCGCCAGGCCCUGCCCAGGACCAGCUUCAACAUGGAUUAGACGACGCAGCAGCCGGCGAGCAGCCGGGCCAGAGCCAGCCUCAUGCAGUCAGUGAGCUGCAGCCCACGGCUGCCUCGCAGCAGGAUCGCCCGCUGCUGCUGAGAUGUCCCUACUUCGCGGCUAAUCCUCAGCGUUACAUGAGCCACCCCUAUUGCCAGAGCGCCUGGCCUACCGCCCGUGAUGCCAAGGACCAUGUCGUGCGGCAGCAUUCUGUCCCCAGGUUUAGGUGCAACCGCUGCAUGGAACACCUGGACGACAACACCGCCCUCAUCCUGCACCAGCGGGCGCCAGAUCCUUGCCCUCUGCGGGAGUGGGUGGCACCCGAGGGCGUCGACGAGGAACAGAAGGAGAAGUUGCGGAGGAUAGGCCAGGGCGACGAGGUCGAGAAGUGGAAAAGGAUGUUUCGCGUUGUCUUUCCCGGGCUUGAGGAUAUGCCCAACCACCUGAUACAUGAGACUGCAUAUUUUACAGCUAUUGACCCUGCCUUGGGGGCUCUCCCACAGGCAGAUCAGACAAACCAGGCGGCGGAGGCGAUGGCGGUAGCAACAAUAGCAGCCACUGAAUGA